UUAAUAAAAUCAGUUGACGAGAAGUCGCAUUAGCGUUCGCAUAUAGUAUGUCUUUUCGGGCCUCUUAUACAAUACAAUACAUAUAUUAAUCAUUUGGUUCUCUUUUUUCUUUAGUGUCUUAUCUCAAUACCAAACGGAAAAAAGUAGCAUGAACAAAUUAUAUUCUGAUUUUACAUUUUAAAAUCCAUUAAGUUUGAGUGGAAAUAAGACUCAUUUGAAUGGCCAUUGACAGAUAAGAUAACAAAAUGAAUAGCAAAUUUAUAAAGUUAUUAUGCAUGGUGAUUGUGCUAGAAAUUUCGACCAAUGUCCAUGCUCAAUAUUCAAAUUCGAUUUUAAAUCAGCUUUAUAAGCAUACAGAUGAACCUAUACAGAUCCUUGAGCAUGGAGAUAGUGAAUACAGUUUUAUGGAUUUAGAAAUGGAUACUCCUAUCAGGUUUUAUAGUAAAACAUACAGUCGACUUUAUAUAAAUACAAAUGGAAUUUUAACAUUUACCAAAGAAUUCCCCGAAUAUCUCAAUCAAAAAUUUCCAGGGAAAAUUCCAUCCGUUGCACCAUUUUUUGCAAACGUCGAUACAUCAGCUCAAAAUGGCUCAACCAUCAUCAGUCUCUUCAAAUCAGAUAAUCGUAAGAAAUUACAAACGGCAAAUGAACUUGUUAGCAUAAUAGUUGCCGAUAAUGCGUUUGAAGCCACAACCUUAUAUGUGGCCACUUGGGAGAAUGUUGGAUAUUAUGCUAAUCAAACAGAUAAGUUGAAUACUUUCCAGGCUGUAAUAAUUUGCAACUCGAAUGAAACAUAUGUUCAGUUUAUUUACCCGAAAGGAGGCAUCAAUUGGAUGCAAGCUGAUUCUCUGGGAUUUGGCGAACUUGAUUUUCCAGCACAAGUGGGUUUUGUCUCGGAUGAUGGAACACACUUCAUGAUCGAUGGAUCUGGAAAAAAAAAUGUUUUGCAUAUCAGUUAUAUGUCUAAUAUUGGAAUCGAUGGUGUUUUUUUAUACCGUGUUGGUCUGCUUGAUAAUGAUUCAAAUAUUUCCGAUGAAGAUAUUCAAAAAACUAUCAAUGAUAUUGCUCCCCAAAUGUCUUGUGCCGAAGGUGGUAGUGAAAAAUGUCAUUCUAGGGCUGCUUGCGAUGACAUAUCAAAUGAUUUUUGUUGCAAAUGUUACAAAGGAUACUACGGAAACGGGCUUUCAUGCAUCAAAACAUCACUUCCUAUUCGUGUUUCUGGAUUGCUAAGUGGCGAAAUUAACAAUCAGCCUAUUGACAAACCAACGAACAUUAAAUCUAUCAUAGAUUUGAAAAAUGGUCUUAGUACAACUUCUAUCAAUUCGAUCAGUGACGAAUUGGGAUCCCAGUUAAAGUUGGCUCUGCCAGUUUUUAGUUCUAUUGGCUGGCUGUUUGCAAAACCAUUAUCCCCCAAAAUUAUGAAUGGCUAUCAAUUGACCGGUGGUAAUCUCGACAUUAGCUCUGAAUUGAUUUUCGAGUCUGGUGAAAUACUGUAUAUCAAUCAAAACUAUGAAUUCAGAAAUCAUCAGCAGACAAUUAAAAUUGAAAUAAACGGACACGUACCCCAGGUUAAGUUUGACGAGCAUAUUAAAAUUCCUGGUUUCAUCGAAGAACUGAAAUUCACAUCCCCUUAUUCAAUUUAUUCAACUAAAGACCAUCACAUUGAGAUUCCAUCAAAGAACAAAACUAUCAAAUUUCAGUUAAACCAAAAUAUAGUAUAUGAUGAGUCAUUGCACUCAUGCAACAACAACUCCACUGAUCUAACCGAAAAAAUUUCUUUCUUAAAAGUUUCUAAUAUCUCCUAUGGCUUGGAAAGUGGAAAGCAUAAACAUUCCCUUAAUACCAAAAUUGGUGAUGAUGCUUCUCUCAAUCCUUGUACCAGUGGUUUAGCAAAGUGCUGGGAGCUUAGUAAAUGUGUCCCAAAUGAGGAAUCAUAUGAAUGCACUUGUUAUAUUGGAUGGAUGGUGAAUAUGACCAAAGAUGGUGGAGAGUGCGUUGAUAUUGACGAGUGUAAAACCUACCCAAAUGCGUGUGCUCAUGAUAAACAUAGUUAUUGUGAAAAUAUUCGUGGUGGCUAUACAUGUUUAUGCAACGAAGGCUACGAAAAUUACGGAGCUGGCUGCUACGGAGACAAUAUUUAUGAAAUUUAUGAGGACGAUAUAAAAUCUUCUACAAAAGAAAAUACUUAUGAAUACGAUGAAUGUAGAAAAGAUGGCAAUGAAUGUGAAUGCGCAGUUCGAACUUCUACAGGCAAAAUAUGGGAGGAAGAUUGUUAUUAUAAUCCAAAAUUAUGUGGCGAUCAUGCUUCUUGCAUACGAUCUAGAAGUGAUCCAGGUUUAUUUGAAUGCUUAUGCAAUUCUGGUUUCUAUGGCGAUGGAAAGCUUUGUAAAAAGGAGCAUUGUCAAAUAAAACCAUCUAUGUGUGAUACAAAUGCUAAUUGUCGGCCGUUUAAUGGUAGUUUUACCUGUGUUUGUAAUCCUGAAUAUCGUGGAAAUGGAACUUUAUGCCGAUUGCGCCGAGACUAUGGGGCUACUGAGUUUUUAGCUUGCAUUCGGCGUGAUGGCUUCAAAAUCGUACGCGUAAAUUUGGAUGGAAAACAAGUUAUUUCUACGGUUGCUAAAUAUGCCACUGAAUUUGGAUUUGGCAUAGAUUGCGUUGAAAGACGCGUCUACUACUCAGUACAUCGCAAAAUCAAGAGCACAAAUUUUGACGGCACAGAUAGUCGUGAUUUUAUAACUGAGGAAAUCCAUACGCCAUUCGAAAUUGCAAUUGAUUCUGUAUCUAGACGUAUAUAUUGGAGUGACGAUUAUAAAAAGAGAAUAGAGGUCGCUAGCUUAGACAAUCCGGAGAUGAGAACUGUAUUGCUAAAUGUGGAUAUUCCACCUACAUAUAUUGCCGUCGACCCAAUUAGAGGAAAACUUUAUUGGAUAACUGGUCGCCAACAGUUACUCAGUUUUAAAGUAGAACCAUCAAGAAUAGAAAUGUCUGAUUUGGACGGCACCGAUCGUGAGAUUCUUUUCGAUUUUCCUGAGGAAUCUUCAACCAGUUCGUUGGUCUUACUUCCAAAAAGUGGAGAGCUAUGCUUUCUCAAUUAUGAUGAUUAUGAUGGUUCACAAAUACAAUGCAUAAAAACGAAUUCGAAGGAGAUACGAACUGUUGCGAUGAAUUUGUCAAACAUAGAUGCACUAACUGCCACAGAUGAAAGUUUCUAUUGGACUGAUCAGUAUUCGAUGACGCUUGAACGUCUCGAUUUUCAUGGCACCCGUCAUCCAGGUACACCUUUUAUAGAACAUAUGAAAAGCUCAGUUCUUUUUAUUAAAGAUGUCGAUUACAAUUGUCUUCAAGGAUUUAAUCCAUGCCAAAUAAAUAAUGGUGGAUGUCCAUUGGGGAGUAUUUGUUUGCCAAACCGAAACUCAUCAUCUAAGAAAAGUUGUAAAGAAUUAAAGAAUUUUUAAUUAAA